AUGGCAUAGAAUAAUAAUAAUCCUGAACACCAAGCAAAUGGGGCGGCCAAUGCAGGGGUAUUGGCUGACACUGGCAAAUCAAGAGUCAUUGAAAUGACUAAUUUGUUUGGCGAUGAUGAUUACGAGGAUGAAUUUAAGCAGGAGGAUUAUGGCUACACCAUGAAUGCUUACCAACAGAAUGGAUAUGGUAAUGGCUAGUAGCAACAAAAUUAAAGUUAUGAUCUUAAUGGUCAUAGUGUUGGCUAAAAUGGAGUUUCUGGGAAUGGACUGUAAUUGACAGAUAGUCAUCUUAAUGGCAAUAUGGGUGAAAUUUACGAUGCCAAUGGACACCAGUAAAUCUAAAAUACUGAAGGUGGGGAUUAACAAGCUAAUAUCUCAAACCAAUAAACUGGUAGACAGCCAGGUGGAGGAUAGAUUAGAAGAAAAUAGAUAAAGGAUUUUUAACUUCCCGAAAUAUACCAACUCGAUCUUGAAGCCUUGCCUUCAAAGCCUUGGAGGGAGUAGCGUGAUAAGAUGUCAGACUACUUCAAUCAUGGCUUUAAUGAGGAGACAUGGAAGAAACAUUAACAAUUAGUUUUGGAAAGGUCAUAAUUAGAUUUACCUAAAAUGAAUGAAGAUGCUGACUUGGCAAAGAUAUUCUCAGAGUCAAAGCUUUGGCAUGCAGUUCUUGAUUUUUAUCUGCCUCAUGAAUAUGGAGGCUUAGGAGAAUAUCAUGAUCAAAAGUACUCUCAAUUAAACCUAUUUUUGGAUACUAUGGAUCUCCCAUUGAUUAAGCCCAAAACAACUUAGAACAACAAAAAUGAAUUUAAUGUGAAUAUUGAGUCCACUGGGUAGGUUUAAAAUGGAGCAUCAGAUAUGCAUCUAUUUCCCAAAUUGGUAUUGCAAGAGCCAGAUACAGCUAAAUCUUUAAGUGAUUUACAAGAGCAAAUUAAGCUCAAGAAGCAGGAACUUGAUUAAGAGAAAAGAGCGCUUGAGGAAAUUAAAAGAAACAAAGAGAAAGCUGCAAGAGAAGAAAGGAUUGCUAGGCAAAGAUAGCACAGUAAAUCUAAAAGCAAAGAAAGUCGUAGAAAAGGUGAUGAACAUUCGAAUUCUAAACAUAAUCAUCAUCAUUCAAGUCAUCAUAGAUCAGAUCGCAAAUCUAGUCGAUCAAGGACUAAGAGUAAAGAUCGUAAAAAGAGAUAGAAUGAACCAGAAACAGUUGAAAAAGACAAAGAAAAAGAGAAGUAGCGUGAAAGAGAAAGAGAAAAGGAUAAACAGAAAGAAAAGGAUAAGGAAAGAGAAAAAGAGCGUGAAAGAGCACGAGAGCGUGAAUUGCGUGAAAAGGAGCGCGAAAAAGAGAGAGAAAAAUUAAAAGAAAAAGAACUUUAAAGGGAAAAAGAAAGAGAACUCCAAAGAUAGAAAGAAAAAGAAGCUGCUGCCUUGAAAGAAUUGUAGAAAAAGAAAAAAAGUAAAAGUCCUGAAAAAAUAGCUAAAAGAGCUGGGUCAAGAAGCAAAUCAAAGGAGUCAGGAAGAAGAAAAAGAAGUAGAAGUGACAGAAGGAAAAGUGAUAAUCGUAGUCGAAGGAGCAAUGAUAGAGAAAAAGAUGAUAAAAAGGUCAAAUCAUCUGCAAAUCAGAGUGAGUCAAAGAGGUCCGAUGAAGCGACUCAUUCAUCCUCAAGGAAAGAGGUUAGCUCUAGAGACUAUUAAAGAUCAAAGGAUAAGGAUAGGCAAGAUAAAUCUAGUAGAGAUGAUAGUAAAAAACAUUCUGCAUCAACAAAACAUCAUUAAACUUCUAAAGAUGAAAGAAGAGAUGAUGAAAGAGUGAAAAAUCAAAAUUAGAGCUCAAGUCAACAAAUUUCUUCCCAAUCAACUUCUAAUCCUGACACAUAAAGAGGAGACAGAGAAGAAAAGAAAAAAACUUAAACUGUGAUAAAGAAAGAAGAAGUCAAGCCUCUUAGCAGACAACAAGAAGAUAAAUAGAAAAGAGAUGAUAGAGCCACUCAUAACUUAAGCAUUAGCACUCCAGGAAAGACAAUUGCAAAUGGAAAAAAGAUCGAAAUUGUGAGAGGCAAGGAUGACGGUUCUAGUUAGAUUAUAAUUAAAGACACAAAUGUACCUAAUACUAAUCAAUCAACCAUUCAGUCAUUAGCUGUUGUACCUCAAUCUAAGAUUGAGAAGCCAAAACAGCAGUAGUAAAUUGACCAUCACUUGGACUUAACAGGUGGGCUACUAGGAGAUGACUUGGAUUUGGAAGAUACAUUCGACUAAAAUGACCAGCCAAACUCUCUUUAAUAUAAAGAAACUCUUAAUUACAUUCUUUAAUUACUUGACCAAUAAGGUUUUUUCUCUCCAAAUGACUGA